GCCUGACACAAGUUUCUUCCCCCUCUCGUGGGGCCUUUUGGGGCCUCUACCCCGUGCCAGUGGGGGUGUCCAGCCUCCCUCCACUGCCCAAUUCAGUCCGGGUGGGUCCCCCAUCCCACAAGCCCGAGCUCCCCUGCUGUCCCUAGCUCUAGAGGAGAGCCAGAGGGAGCUGACCCAGGGAUGAUGGAGACCCCUUCAUCCAGCGGUGUGCAGUGCUUCCUGGCUGAUUCCAGGGUGGACCACCCCAUGGAGAGAGGGAUCCAGCAUCUGAGCCUGGGAGACCAAGAUGCUCCAUCUGACAUCUGCCAGGCAUCUGCUCACCAGAGACUUGGGAGCUCUCCCACCAGACCUGGGAAUGGUGAACUGGGAGAGAGGCCAGCUUCUCCGAAGUCCCCGAACCUCCCUGCCCUAGGAUCAACCUCAAGAGACAGUGGUUCCCCCCUCACCAUGGAAAGUGACACGGACCUCACAGCCAAUCUGCUGCCCUCUGGUGGGAUGUGCUCCCGGUGUCUCACCCUUCGGACCCCGGUGACUGAGAGUACUCAUGGCUCUCAGUUGCCCAAUCCCUUACUUCCUGGGAGUCCCACUCCACAGGAUCAGGAUAAGGAAGGGGUCAACUCAUGUACCUUUGGGUCUAAGGCCCUGAGCCUCACAUCUACUUUGCCCUUCAGCCUGGGUACCAGCCGGUCCAUCUUCUUGGAACCCCGGAAGCCAUUGAGGGGAGACCCUGCAUCUGAGAAGUCCUGGGGUCAGGCACACCCCUGGGCAGGGGCCCCCAAUCUGAGCCCAGAUACUAGACUAGGUCCUUUGCCUACCACUCUGCCCUGGGUUCGGGAUAAACCCUGGGUUUUGCCUACUGACUCCUCUAUGUUACAGAGAGAGGUACCUGUGGAAGUGAUGGUCAGCAAAGAUCCAACAGCAAUGACCCCUGGGGGGCAGGGAGAGCCCGUGGACUUAGGAACUGAACCCCAGGGAAGGGAACAGGAGAGGGCAUCCUCAGGAGGACCUGGAGAGGAGGCAGACAAGGGUGAGAAUAGACUAGUGCACAGUAGGGUCAGUUUAAGUGGGGGAGACUUCAAGAUGGACCCUCAAAAGGCAAAGCUAGGGCAGGAGUGUUGGAUCAGUUCUCUGAAGCCCUCUGUGGAAGAUAGCUAUGGGCGCCAAGUCAGGGAGGCAGGCUGCAUGCUUCUGGAAUACUUUCGACGCCUCUUCCUGGACAGUGACAAUCACACUUUCUCCCUGCUCGACUCUGGCCUGGCCCUGACCACUGGUGGCCUUACCCUGACUGCUGGCAGCCAGGAACCCUCGGCUCUGCGUGUGGCCUUCCUUCCUAUGAAGAAUGGCAGGAAACUAGGCAUGGCAUUCCCUGGUUCCAACCUCUUCUACUACUACUCCCUGGGACGUCACUUCUUUGUCACCACUCAGCUCAGCGACCACUGGUUCCGUGUUCAAGACCGUGUUACUGGUGAGCGGAUGCUGAUGAAGAAGGUGCCUGUGGUCUCGGACUGGCAGAAGACGCUUCAUCACUUCCUCUUCCUUCCCCCGGGGCCCGGGCUGCCGGUGCCCUACGCUGUCCUCUACGACCGCCAGGGCUCCCUGCUCUACCUCAUGGAGGACCCUGGAGUUCUAACUGUGGGGUGGCCACCAGCAGGUCAGCAGCUGGACAGACUGAAGUGCCUCCUGGAGAUUCUCAGCUUCCUCCGGUUCUGCCAACACCAAGGCCUACAGCUGGAGGAAGUGGACUCAGCCCUGCUUUAUACCCCCCAGGGAAUCUGUUUUGACCCCAGUGGACUCAGCAGCAGCGAAGGACCUUAUGUCUUUAGAAAGAUUCUGAGGAAUGCCCUUCGGCUGGUGUGGAACACCCCACAGGAGGACAGCCCGGCAGCAGAGGCCCUGGUGGAACCGAUGUGGAGGUGGCUGGAGGAGGAUCUGGAGGAGGCCAGGACGGCUUCUCUCGUCCUGGGCACCGCCCCCAGGCCCCAGGGAACAGCAGAACACAGCACUUCGUAGUAGCAGCCGAGCACUCUUGCUUUCUAAAGUCAGAGUUCCUCCCCAGAUUGUUCUUCACUGCCCAUUUCACUGGUGGGAGACACUGAGGUGGGUGGAGGAAGAACCACUUACUCUCAGGUCAACCCCACCUCCCCCAGCUGGCCUGGGGAUGCCUCUAGCACAGAGCUUAAGCGUCCUGAUUCCAAGCAUACCCAGGGACCAGCUCCUGUUUUCUCUCCUGGUCUCUCUCAGGGCUUUAUCUGGGGACCUGCUGGCCACAUCUUUCCUCUCAAGGACCCCUGGUGCUCCUGUGCUGAGCCCCCCAGCUCAGGCUUCUCCACCUUAGGGUUAAGGUCCUGGGCUCUCCACCCCAGGGGCUCCUUGCUCCAAGAACU